AUGUCAGCCGCAAUACCAUGCACGCGGGCGACGGCCUCGCGCGUCGCCUUCAGAACCGCACGAUGCAAGCGGUUCUCCAGUACCGAGACCGUCGCCGUCACCGCCAGCCCAGAGCCCGCCAUUAUGAGCAGGCCUGCGGAGAAAGAGGGCAGGCCAUUGCGUUUCACGGAGAAGGUCCAUAAGGCGUUGUAUCCUCAAUUUUACAGCGGGAAAAGAGCAGUCCCUAAAGAAGAUACGAGGUUUUGGGCGAGCAAGAGGCCAAUUCGGACAAAGUUGAGCGAGGAGCUGCACACGGAGAAGGGCGUCAUCCCGCGAUUGAGCGCCCGCCUCAACAUCCCCGUCUUCGCGCCCAGCGCCCCGAACAUCAAGAAAACCUGCCCUAACCCCAUCGCCGUCGUUCGCGCCUCACAAGCCUCCAUCCUCGACCCCACCGGCGCACGUACCCGCCUCUUCGCGAAAGACAACCCGGAAUGUGCGCGAGUCGGCGACAUCCUGCUUGUGCGGCAACGCACCGGAGACCCCUUCGCGGGCGUGUGCAUCAACAUCCGGCGGCGGGGUACCGACACAGCCAUCUUACUACGCGGCCAGCUGACGCGUGUGGGUGUGGAGAUGUGGUACAAGAUCUACAGUCCGCUUGUGGAGGGCAUCGAGGUUGUGCAACGCGCGGCGAAGCGGGCGAGACGCGCGAGGUUGACGUACAUGAGGACUGUCAAGCACGACAAGGGCAGUGUGGAGAACGUCGUGAGGAUGUAUCUGAGGCAGAAGCAAGCGCUUGGGACGAGCGAGGGGGGCAAGAAGAAGGGCGCUCCGCCGGCUAUGGGAGGCAAGAAGGGCAAGGGCAGGGGGAAGAAGAGGUAG